AUGAAAUUAUCGUGCUGCUUUCCAUUUUGUGGCAAAAAUGAAGUAUGGGUUAGCUGCGGCGACACUUGUCCGCCAUCGUGCAACAAAGGGACUUGCAUCACCGCUCGCUGCUAUGGACACUGCAACUGCCUGGGCGGCUAUAUCCGGGAGCAUAAGUACCAUGGCGCUUGUGUUGUGCCAAGCGAGUGUGCGCGGCAUGCCAUACUUGUAAAGAGGCCACAAGUAAGAGGCAAGGUCACCAGUAGGCCCAGCAGGCGGAUGGUGGUCAUUACCAAGAAACCGCCUCAAGAUAACACAUAUAUGGACUCUGCGCAAUUGGAUGAGAUAUUACAGCAUAUAAAGCUACCUGAUUGGUUGGUGCAAGGAGCAGCAGCUUUGCAGGAAUUAUUGCAACAUGUAAUUGCGGCCGAUGGUCAGGCAGUUGAAGAGGCCCCACCAGAUGGCAUGCAUAUAACUAUAGGACAAAAAUAAAUAGCUAACGGUUUUUAAUGUCAAGUCAGAAAUUAGUUAUAUGGCCCGACAAGAAUACCGACUUCUUAUCAAUAAUAAAAAAAGCAAAUGGAUGAUCAGCUAA